AGUCCAGCGCUGGCGUUCAGAAGAUGCACACCGAGACACCGGGGAUCCUCUUCUCAGAAACCACACAGGAAAACAAGUGCAUCACCCUGCAUGAACCUUUAACAUCCAGCAACCUCUAGGAGACUCCGGCAUCUCUCUCGCAUCACUUACCGGAGAUACAUAGCCUACACCUGUUCAUUUUCACCUGGAUUAUGGAAAACUGAAGCUGGUUUAGGAAUGAUCACUGCUUACUGAUCGCUUUAGUUUUCUAGCUUUAGAUAUGAUUCCCGAACACCAGAACCAUGUUGUCACCACGAUUGAAACAAUGCCAUCAGAGACAGUCACAGCUUCACCAUCCGUGUUUCAGAGGAUAAAGAAAGUGCUCAGCAGGGAGCUCAUACUUACCCUGGCACUGGGUCAAGUCCUGUCACUGCUCAUCUGUGGGAUCGGUUUGACCAGCAAAUACCUGGCGGAUGAUUAUCACGCCAACACCCCUGUGUUUCAGAGCUUUCUCAACUACAUCCUUCUGUUCCUGGUCUACACCACCACGCUUGCGGUCAGGCAAGGAGAGGAGAACCUACUGGCAAUACUCAAGAGAAGAUGGUGGAAAUACAUGAUACUGGGCCUGAUUGAUAUUGAAGCAAAUUACCUGGUUAUCAAAGCUUAUCAGUACACCACACUGACCAGCGUUCAGCUGCUGGACUGCUUCGUGAUCCCCGUGGUUCUUCUUCUGUCCUGGUUCUUCUUGUUAGUCAGGUAUAAAGUCCUGCACUUUGCAGGAGUGGGUGUUUGUCUCCUGGGCAUUGGCUGCAUGGUGGGCGCAGACGUCCUGGUGGGCCGACAGCAGGGUCUCGGUGACCAGAAACUUUUAGGGGAUCUGUUGGUGCUUGCAGGAGCGACGCUUUAUGGCAUUUCCAACGUUUGCGAGGAGUUCAUUGUGAAGAACCUAAGCCGGGUCGAAUUCCUUGGCAUGAUGGGUCUCUUUGGCUCUUUCUUCAGUGGUAUCCAGCUGGCCAUUAUGGAGCACAAGGAGCUUCUGAAGGUCCAGUGGGACUGGCAGAUAGGGUUGCUGUACAUCGGAUUCAGCGCAUGCAUGUUUGGACUGUACAGCUUCAUGCCUGUGGUGAUCAAGAGAACCAGCGCCACAGCUGUGAAUCUGUCUCUGUUGACAGCAGACCUCUACAGUCUCUUCUGUGGUUUAUUCCUGUUCCAGUACAAGUUUUCAGGGCUGUAUUUGCUGUCAUUCUUCAUCAUUAUGCUGGGACUGGUCCUCUACUCUUCUUCCUCCACCUACGUGGCACAGGAUCCCCGUGUUUACAAACAGUUUCGCAACACAGGAAAUGCUAUUACAGACACGCCUCCAGUGGGACCCCUUGAGCCUUCGGUGACCUAUACGAGCCUGGGUCAGGAAAUGGAGGAUGAGCCUCGUAUACGAUUAGCCUGAAGUGGGUGGGGCUUCUUCGAUCCAAUUAUCCACUGCCCGGCUGCAGUCUGUAGAAAAUGCUAAUGAUCACUGAAUGAUGUAAUCAACCACGUAGCAAUUGAGUACACUGUGAUCAUGAACUGUGAAUACUGUAGGUAGCAGUGACUUCUGUAUAUCUGAGUUAUCAGAUCCAUCGUGUAUAGAGAUAUCGUCCCGACCCACGAACAAGUUAAGUGUUUAGAAGGAUUUGUGCUGAAUGUUCGUCCAAAUAUUCGAUUGUGACUGUUUUAUUUUCUUACUUGAGCAUUAAGGGUUCAUUGUAAAAGUUUGACAUGGUUUGCAUUAAUACUGUUUCAUGAAUAUUUUAUGUCUGAGUUUUAAAUGAUGACGACGUCUCUGGAAAAUUGCAUUUGGAGUUUUAAAAUGCUGAUUUGAGCCAGUGCCUUGCUAUGUAAUAUUAUUGUGGGUUACAUUAGCCAAUGAAAAAUCAUAACUUCUAAAAUAACGUCAUCAGUAUUGGACAUGGUGUCAUGAUUACAUAUUGUAUUAUUUGCUCAAAAUUAUAAAUAGUUUCAUAAGUCAGAAAUACAAAAAAAAAUCUGAACAUGAUUUUUUCACCUUUACCUGUAAUAUCAUUUUUUUUAUAUUUGUCAUAUUGUUUGUUGAAAUUCUGCCAAGAAGGGUACCUUCAUUUGUAUUAAAUAUAAAGGCCUGUUUAAUAGCCUGUAUUAAUUGUAAACUUGUAAAAACUACAAUGUCCUUUUAUUUUAUAAAACUUAUCAAUUAUUAAGGUUCAGUCUUUAUUAUUUUUUUAUUUGGAUCAAAUCCAGUAUACAUGUGUAAAAUUAUUGAUAUCUGAAUAUUGUUUGCUUUAUUAUUUUAUUCCUUUCAUGUUUUAGUUGUCGUUUAAAUAUCAGAAACUCUUAAUGUGUUGACUUGCCUAAAAUAAAAUAUAUUUG